CAGGAUGGCGCUAUCAGCUGUGGAGAAGACUUCACCUAUGGAAGCAGCUGUAACUUUAGCUGCUCUGAGGGUUAUCUCCUCAAGGGGGCGAUCACAGUGACCUGCACAUCAGCUGCUGAGUGGAGUGAGGAGAUACCACACUGUGAAGUGGUCUUAUGCAGUGAGCUGUAUGAACCUGGGAAGGGUUCCAUGGCCUGCUCCCAUCCCCUGGGCUCCUUCAGCUACCUGUCCACCUGUACCUUUACCUGUGAGGAGGGCUAUGAGAGGCUGGCCUCCAGCUCUGCUACCCUGCAGUGUGGAGCCUCGGGACAGUGGAACGACUCACAGCCGCAGUGUAUUGCUGUAAGCUGCCCUACCCUCCAGCAGCCACAGGAUGGCGCUAUCAGCUGUGGAGAAGACUUCACCUAUGGAAGCAGCUGUAACUUUAACUGCUCUGAGGGUUAUCUCCUCAAGGGGGCGAUCACAGUGACCUGCACAUCAGCUGCUGAGUGGAGUGAGGAGAUACCACACUGUGAAGCCACACCUGAGCCUCCAUUGAACCCCACUAUCCUAGGCCUGGCAGCAGGGGGCGCUGUGUCAUUAUCUGGCCUGUCUCUGGCUGCAUGGCUCCUCAAACGAAUCAGACAGAAAGCUAACAAGUUUGAUCUGAACAGCACCUCAGACAUUGAGGAACCUUUACAGACCUACAGGAACAGCAUUGACAGCCUGAUAUAGAGACCAGCAGGAACUACAGCAGGAACAACAGCAGGAACAACAGCAGGAACAACAGCAGGAACAACAGCAGGAACAACAGCAGGAACAACAGCCGGAACAACAGUCGGAACAACAGUCGGAACAGGCUGGCUCUGUUUUCAAAGAAAAUCUGCUGGUCACACCUGGAUCACAGUUCCUUCAGUAUUGUAAUGUAGUAGGUUAGAUAGCCUUGAAUCGUCUGACUGGGAGAGAGGUGCUACGUUGAAUAUACAGAAUCAUCUGUUCUCAUGAUGGUCCUACAGAAAAUGUAUUUUUUCUCCCUAAGGGAGUUUUGUAUUGAACAAAUUGUUCACCACUGGCUGGUAUAUGACCACAAGUCGACACAUUUCCUAUGAUACUGAUUUUGACAGCUAUUUUAUACAAACUACAGAAAGUUGUAUAUAAUAUUGCACCGUAUAAUUAAUAUAAUUUUAUGAUUUUACAGAACUGUGAAAUCAAUGCCUUUCAGUAUUUAAGUUAUAUUUAUUUUGAAACCACAGUCUCUGUGUUACAGAAUUAAAUUUGAUGUUGAAAAAGUGUCUUUUUAAAUAU